GGUAAUUGAAACCAACCCUAAGCUCCUCGUUUCUCCGCUCUAAAGGUAGCCCCGAUUAUUGCUGACUUAAGCAUCGGAGUGUCUACCCCGAUGAUCCACCUCGGGGCUUUGCAGGUCAAUCUAGAGUGCAGAUACGGACUGAAGAAGGACUUCUGGUUAGUCCGAGCUGGAAACUCAUCUCAACCUCUUGGACGAGGUCAGGUCCCCAGCAACCUUCCGCCUCAUCCCCCACCCCCAAUCCCGAAUACAUUCCCUCACGUUGACCAUGUAGAAGGAGUGCUGGCUCAACUAUUAGCUUGGAACAAUCCUAGUGAUCCACUCAUCAACCUACUCAAUCCUGCUCCACAACCCCCAACUCCACAACAAAAUCCUGAACCAGUUCAGCAUGCUCCUGCUAUUAGCGAAUCUCAAGGCCAAUCUCACAUUGCACCAGUUCAGCAACCCCUUCAUGAUGAUGUCACUCGACGUCUAGACAGCUUAGAAAAGCUAGUGGCUGAACAUCUACCUCUGAGGUCAAUCAACUCUUAUACAGAAAUUACAUCUGCUUUUGCCAUAAAGUUUUCCAGUCAACGGUUGAUCAGGAAAACCACUUCUGAGCUGAUGCGAGUUAGGCAGAGGGACGGAGAGUCUUUGAAGAAUUUUAUGAGCAAAUUCAAUGAUGCAGUACUGGAGGUUAGCUCUUUCGACCAGGCUGUGGGAAUUACAUAUGUGAUCUCAAGACUUAGCCAUGAGAGAUUCAGAGAUAGUCUGCUCAAGCAUUCUGCCACCACCUUCAGCGAGCCUCAAGGAGUCCGUAACCUGCCAAACCGGCAAGGUGUUGUGUAUCAACAAACCCCACCCCCGCUCCCACCACCAGCUAGAAUCAUACACAUGAUCACGGGAGGCUUGGAAGCCGGUGGACUAAGCUCUAAGCAGCAAAAGUUGUAUGUCAGAGAGGUUAAGCAUCAGAACCGAGCUCAGAAGCGAAAGUUUGACGAUGCUGAGUGGAAGAAUCAACCCAUUACCUUCACAUCUGCUGAUCUUGAUACAGUCGUCACACCUCACAAUGACCCCCUAGUCACUUCUGUCACGAUUAACAAUUGUGAGCGUUAUGAUGGUCCCAUCUAUGGAUUCAACAACCAACCAGUCCCAGUUGAAGGAGUCCUCACCAUGAAUGUUGCAUUCGGAAGUGGCCGAAGUUACGUGACCCCUUCAGUUAGGUUUCUGGUAGUCAAAAUGGCAUUCUCUUUCAACGUCGUCAUUGGCCGACCCACAUUGAUUGAAAUCCAAGCUGUGGUUUCCCAGUCUCACCUAUGCAUGAAAUUCCCAACUCCUAUGGGAAUAGCAACGCUGCGAGGCAACCAGGAGGUGGCCCGACAUUGCUAUAUCACCUCAAUCACACAACCUCAGAAGGGUAAAGAUCAGACACCCAAGGCUAAUCCCAAACGGAUUCCUGACAAUCGGCAAGUUAUGGGUGUUGAAAUAGUGGAAAACCGACUAGAAGAUGAAACCAGAGCUGCUCCAGUCGAAGAUGUGGAAGAGAACAGAGCUAAUAGCCUUUCUCCGAGCAAACAAAGAUGUUUUUGCAUGGACCUCAACAGAUAUGCUGGGAAUUCCCCUUCGGUUUCUCAACAUAAACUCAGCACCAAUCUACUCAAGAAACCAAUAGCCCAGAAGCAACGCCUCUUCGGGGGAGAGAGGUUAACGGUCAUCAAAGAAGAAGUUGAAAAACUCUUACAAGCUGGCUUCAUUAAACAAGUCGAUUAUUGUGAAUGGGUCGCCAAUCCUGUGUUGGUGAAGAAAGCAAAUGGCAAAUGGCAGAUGUGCAUCGAUUACACUAACCUCAACCAGGCAUGCCCAAAAGACUGUUACCCAAUGCCAAACAUUGACAAGCUAGUUGAGGCAGCUUUUGGAAACGAGAGAUUAAGUCUCCUGGACGCAUACUCUUGCUACCACCAGGUUCCAAUGGCUCCUACCAGGUUCCAAUGGCUCCUAAAGAUGAAGAAAAAACCUCGUUCUAUGCCGGCGAUGAAAUCUAUUGCUAUUUUGAAAGUUGGAGAUCACUUAACCGACCUCAAGGAGACAUUCAACAACCUCAGAAAGAACAAAAUGAGGUUGAAUCCAGCAAAGUGCAUCUUCGGCGUGGAGUCUAGAAAAUUUCUAAGCUUCAUGGUGUCCAGAAGGGGGAUUAAGGUUAACCCCAAGAAGAUCAAAGCAGUAGCCGAGAUGGAACCGCCGAAGUCAGUGAAAGAUAUACAAAGGUUGACUGGAAGAGUGGCAGCUCUUCAUCGGUUCAUAUCGAAGUCAGCAGAUAAAUGCCUGCCAUUUUUCAAGAUUAUGAGAUCAGCUGCCCAAAAUGAUGAAUCGGGUAAACAGAAGAAGUUUGAGUGGAAUGAGGAAUGCCAAGCCGCAUUUGAUGAGCUGAAGUCUUAUCUUAGCUCACCACCUCUACUAAUUAAGGCCAUAGAUGGAGAGAUUCUCUAUUUGUAUCUGAGAAUUUCUGAUGAAGCCAUUAGCAUGGUCCUGGUGAGAGAGGAAGCCAAACAGCAAAAGCCAAUCUAUUACAUUAGUAGUGUGCUGCAUGGUGCAAAGCUGAGUUCGGAGCCCAAUGAUUGGAUCUUAUAUGUUGAUGGGGCAUCUAGUAGCAAAGGUUCAGGAGAUGGCGCUCUCUUACUUGGCCCAGAUGGAUGCCAAAGUGAACAUGCCUUGAAAUUCAACUUCGAUGCAACAAAUAACAUGGCUGAGUAUGAAGCUCUCCUACUUGGUCUACAAUUAGCAUUGGAGUUGAAAAUCAGCGCAAUCCAAGUGUACAAUUCACUUUCUAAAUUUGCCUCGGAUAGCUCUUUAGGUUCUAGAUCAGUUUUUGUGGAGGUCUUAGAUGCACCAAGCUUCAUGAAGCCGCGGGUGAUGGAGAUCAACACAGACUUAGACACGCCAAGCUGGACUGACUCAAUUAUCUUCUUUUUACGAGACGGGGUAAUACCUGAGGAUAAGCAGGAGGCAAUGAAGGAGGUGCAUGAAGGUGUCUGCAGAAGUCACGUAAGUGCUCGAACUUUGGCUCAUAAAGUCCUUAGACAGGGUUAUUAUUGGCCCAACAUGUACAAGGAUGCCACUCAGUUCGUACAGAGGUGUCAGAAAUGUCAAUUCUUUGCACAUCUAAUCCACCAGCCUGCAGAAGAACUCACUACUCUAAUAGCACCUUGGCCAUUUGCUCAGUGGGGUCUUGACCUUUUAGGUCCAUUUAUAAAGGGGGUAGGAGGUGUAACCCAUCUCAUCGUUAGUGUGGAUUAUUUCACAAAAUGGGUUGAAGCUCGGGCAUUAUCCAGUCUUACCUCCAAGAAGUUCACCUCGGUUUACCAUCCGGAGUCUAAUGGCAUGGUCGAAUCUGUUAACAAAUGCAUUUUAGAAGAUAUAAAACCGAGAUUGGAACAGCACAAGGCCAAAUGGGCAGACGAGCUCAACAAUGUCUUCUGGGCAUAUAGAACCACGAGCCGAACAGCCACAGGUGAAACACCCUAUCAUCUAGCCUUUGGUACCAAAGCAGCCAUUCCUAUCGAGAUAGAAGUCCCAAGCUUCAAGGUCACCCAUUUCGAUGAAGGACGAAAUGAACAACUGUUUCGGGAGAACCUUGAUCUACUUGAUGAAGUCAGGGAAGAAGCACGACUUCGAACUCUAGUCUACAAGCAGAAAAUAGAAAACUUCUACAACAAACGAGUUCGACCUCAAACAUUCAAAGUAGGAGACCUUGUUCCCUAGAAAGCUGGUCUAACGGGGUUUGAAACUCGAUUUGGAAAGUUAGCACCAAACUGGGAAGGCCCCUACACUGUAGCCAAAGUGCCCCACCGAGGUGCUUAUAUCCUACAGGAUACUGAGGGCAAAAGGGUUCCUAGAGUCUGGAAUGCCAAUAACUUUAAGAAAUUUUACCCUUAAUACACUUCUUUCCAGUGAACUUUGUCUUAUUUCUACAAUUGCCAUUAUUCUGAUUACUGUAUAUCGAAACUCAAUUCAUUUACAUCAUUAAUGAACUUCACUUCACAUU